AUGGACCGGUCAAAUACUCCAUCGAUGCCUCCGAUGUAUUCAGAAACAUAUGCAGAUGAAUAUGAUCAAACACCCGCAGGACACGAUCAACAUGGCUCAGAGAUUAGUUUGUUGACUUCCUACGAUGAACCCGAUAUCCGUCCGUAUGUACCACCACUCCUCGCACCGCGAGCUCUUAAUCCAUCUCCCCGGAAACCCCUGGCAGCCGUGACGACCCCAGAGCAUCUUGCGUCUCUCAAGGAAGAAGAGGAAUCAAUCUCAAGUUGCAAGUUGCAAACGGAAAUGAAGAUGCCACCGACAGCUAUGGAUGCCAGUGAUCCCAUGGAUAUCGCGCAUCUGUUGCCCGUUCUUCCAAAUGGUCCCUCGCGCCGGAGAUCGCUGAGGCUCCUUCCUGUUCAUUCUCCUUUAUCUUCUCUUGAGUCGCGUUUGAAUGUUUCCAAAAGCUCACAUACAGCUCAUGUUAGGCCUUCCUCGGAUCGUAGAUCUUAUCAAGCUUCGGUUAUGUCCACGGAUACAUAUGAUGACCAUCGAAGACCUCCGUCAAUAAACACAUAUGAUGACCAUAGAAGACCUCCAUCGAUGAACACAUACGACGAUCGAAGACCUCUGUCAAUGAACACAUAUGACGACCAUCGAAGACCUCCAUCAAUUAUCGAUACCGCACCAGAUCUACCACCUCCCGAAAGCGCAUAUCGUCCAUAUUCCUCCCUACUUUACUCCCCAUCAGGUCGAGCCUCCCCUACACGAACUUGGUCUCCAAUACGAGAAAGGAAUUCUUCGGAAUUCAACGUACCGCCCCCAAUGGGCUACCACUACGAACCAUCGGAACUGAAUGGAAGCCCAAGACCUGGCACGCCUUCAACAGCUUAUGGAGGAAGUCCAAGAAGGCCAUUACCUCCGGCUCCUUUAUUUGCGGCUCACGGAGCUCGUUCGCCAUUCGGAGACGACGCAACGAUUCACAUGCCACUCGAACACGAUCACGAAGUAUUAGAUGAUGAUGUUUUUGGACCGGGAAAAUCCGAUCCAAGAGAAACUAUGAGGUCAAGGCAGUCAUAUUUAACUCUGACGGAAGAUAUGGAAAGCGCAAAAGACUACGAACAUUACGGACCAGCACCUUCAGGAAAACAAGAACGAAGGGGUGCGAACAGGACGACUCACACGAAAAAACGAGAAGUUAAGCUGAUUAACGGAGAGCUUAUCUUGGAGUGUAAAAUACCUACCAUUCUUUACAGUUUCCUACCUCGGAGAGACGAAAUCGAAUUCACACAUAUGCGAUACACAGCCGUCACCUGUGAUCCGGAUGAUUUUGUAUCUCGAGGAUACAAGUUACGACAAAAUAUGGGAGUCACGGCACGGGAAACCGAACUUUUCAUCUGUAUCACCAUGUAUAACGAGACGGAGAUAGAUUUUACGAGAACCAUGCAUGCAGUCAUGAAGAACAUUUCCCACUUCUGUUCUCGAUCCAAAUCGAGAACGUGGGGAGAGAAUGGAUGGCAAAAGAUUGUGGUUGCCAUUAUUUCGGAUGGAAGACAAAAGAUUCAUCCACGGACACUGGAUGCUCUUGCGGCCAUGGGUGUAUAUCAAGAUGGGAUUGCCAAGAACUUGGUCAAUGGGCGAGAGGUACAAGCUCACGUGUAUGAAUACACCACUCAGGUCUCUUUGGAUUCAGACCUCAAGUUCAAAGGUGCCGAAAAGGGAAUUGUACCUUGUCAGAUGCUCUUUUGUCUCAAGGAGAAGAACGCCAAGAAGUUGAAUUCGCAUCGUUGGUUCUUCAAUGCGUUCGGAAGAGCCCUCACGCCUAAUAUUUGUAUUAUGUUGGAUGUGGGUACCAAACCGGGAGGAAAUUCACUGUAUCAUUUGUGGAAAGCUUUUGAUACUGACUCUAAUGUUGCUGGUGCGUGUGGAGAGAUCAAAGCUAUGAAAGGAAAAGGAUGGUUGGGACUUCUUAAUCCUUUGGUGGCGUCCCAGAACUUCGAGUAUAAGAUGUCGAAUAUUCUUGAUAAACCUAUCGAGAGUGUGUUUGGUUAUAUUACUGUUUUGCCUGGUGCAUUGAGUGCAUACAGAUAUCACGCCUUGCAGAAUGAUCAUACUGGUCAUGGUCCUUUGAGUCAAUAUUUCAAGGGAGAAACUUUGCAUGGUCAAAAUGCAGAUGUCUUUACUGCGAAUAUGUAUCUGGCCGAAGAUCGUAUUUUAUGUUGGGAACUGGUUGCUAAGAGGGAUGAAAGAUGGGUCUUGAAAUAUGUCAAGGGUUGUACUGGAGAAACUGAUGUGCCAGAUACUGUUCCCGAAUUCGUAUCCCAAAGAAGAAGAUGGCUCAAUGGAGCUUUCUUUGCAGCUGUUUAUUCUCUGGCCCAUUUCAAACAAGUAUGGCAUACGGAUCAUACCCUUGGACGAAAGAUCCUGCUUCAUAUCGAAUUUGUUUAUCAAUUCAUUCAACUUCUCUUCACUUACUUCUCCCUGGCCAACUUCUACCUCACAUUCUACUUCAUUGCCGGUUCGCUAUCGGUAGAGAAUAUGGAUCCAUUCGGCCAUAACAUCGGAAAAUACAUAUUCUUCGUCUUAAAAUACGUCUGUAUCCUCCUUACGGCUACACAAUUUAUCCUGUCAAUGGGAAAUCGACCACAAGGAGCACGGAAAUUAUACUACACGUCUAUGAUAAUCUACUCGAUAAUUAUGGUAUAUACUUUCUUCUCCACUGUUUACAUUGUUUACAGAGAAGUCCAUGACAACGCCAAAAGUCUCGUAUUGGGCAACAAUCUCUUCACCAAUCUCGUGGUCUCUCUCUGCUCAACGCUUGGUCUCUACUUCCUCAUGUCCUUCCUCUAUCUCGAUCCUUGGCACAUGUUUACCAGUUCCGGUUCUUAUUUCGCCCUCCUCCCAAGUUACAUCUGUACCCUCCAAGUAUACGCCUUCUGCAAUACGCACGAUGUCACAUGGGGAACCAAAGGAGACAACGUCAUGUCCACGGAUCUCGGAGCCGCAUCCGGCAAAGGCCAAACCGUCGAACUCGAAAUGCCCUCGGAACAACUCGACAUUGAUUCCGGCUACGACGAAGCUCUCCGCAAUCUCCGCGAUCGUCUCGAAGUCCCCGUGGCCCCCAUCUCGGAAUCCCAACAGCAGGAAGAUUACUACAAAUCGGUUCGUACGUAUAUGGUUCUGGUCUGGAUGAUUGCGAAUGGUAUCUUGGCUAUGGCGGUCAGUGAGGCGUAUGGGCCCGAGCAUAUUGGCACGAAUUACUAUUUGACGUUUUUACUGUGGGCGGUGGCGGCGCUGGCGCUCUUUAGAGCGGUGGGGAGCACGGCGUUUGGCAUUAUUAAUUGUAUUGAGGCUGUGGUGGAGGGGAGGAUUCGUCUGACGAUGAAGGUUCCUAGUUGGAUGGGGGGUUGGAGUAGCAAGAUUAGUGAGGGGGUUAGUAGUGUGGGGAGUGCGGUGAAGAGGGGUUAG